AUGGAUCGCGAAGAGACAAGUGAUAAUAUGGAAAACAUCUAUAAUAACAAAAUUGGUAGCGAAGGUAAAGAGAUGAGUUUACACGAAGGAGAAGGAGGAAGUGGAGAACAGAUUACAAGAAGGCCAAGAGAAGACCAACAGGAUCCAAGAACAAACCUAAAGCUCCAAUAA